GGGGCGGCCGCGGCCAUGAGCACGGAUGACUUGAUCGAGACCUUCAGGGCGCAGCUGAGGGACGACCCCGACGUCGCCUCGGCCGUGGCCGCCAUCCGCGCGCUGCUGGGCUUCCUCAAGCAGGACCGAGGGGAGACCAUCCAGGGCCUGAGGAGCAGCCUGCUGGCCGCCAUCAGCACCCUCUCUCGGGUGGACUCCUCGGUGGCCGUCUCCUCCGGCGGGGAGCUCUUCCUGCGCUUCAUCAGCCUCACCUCCCUGGAGUACUCGGACUACUCCAAGUGCAAAGAAAUCAUGAUCGAGCGCGGGGAGAUCUUCCUCAGGAAAGUCUCUCUCUCGAGGAACAAAAUCGCCAAGCUGUGUCAUCCUUUCAUCAGAGAUGGUGCCCGAAUAUUGACACAUGCCUACUCAAGAGUGGUCCUCAGAGUGUUAGAAGCAGCUGUUGAAUCAAAGAAGCGAUUCAGUGUUUAUGUUACUGAAUCACAGCCGGAUCAAGCAGGGCAAAAAAUGGCAAAAGCCUUGAGGAAGCUGAACAUUCCUGUGACUGUGAUUCUGGAUGCUGCAGUUGGCUACAUUAUGGAGAAAGUGGACCUGGUGUUAGUUGGUGCUGAAGGUGUAGUUGAAAGCGGAGGCAUUAUUAACAAGAUUGGCACUAAUCAAAUUGCUGUGUGUGCCAAAGCUCAAAAUAAGCCAUUUUACGUGGUAGCAGAAAGUUUCAAGUUUGUAAGACUUUUCCCUCUAAAUCAGCAGGACGUCCCAGAUAAGUUUAAGUACAAAGCAGACACUCUGAAAACAAGUCAGAAUCUUACAGAGGAGCAUCCCUGGAUUGACUACACUUCACCAUCGCUAAUUACGCUACUGUUUACAGACCUUGGUGUGUUAACUCCAUCAGCUGUCAGUGAUGAACUUAUUAAACUCUAUCUGUAACAGAGGACUCUGUGUACAGGAUGUAUCAUCAUCUUCAGUGACUAUCACAGCUGUAAGAACUUGGAAGAUGAUACAAGUUAUAUGGACAUGGUAAUAAGACAACAUUAUAAAGAUUAAUUUAAUUAUCAGCCUUCUUGAGUUUUUUAAAGUAAAACAUUACAUGUGGAUGGACCACUGCUAAAAAAAAAUCCUGUUACGACAGCUUCUAAAGACCUAAAAUAAGUUAUUUUAAAGUAAUGGUGGAGUAUUUUGAUAUUGUAAAAUAAAAUACCUUAUGGUGUAUUCAAACUCAUUCUGACGUAUGCUGUUACCUACUGAUCUGUGGUACGUACCUGAAAAAAAUGAAAUGAAAAAAUGCACAAGGCUGCUACUGG